CUCUGUUAUUUACUUAUUUAUGCUUUUCUCUGUCACUCUCUCCUUCCCAGCAACACUCACUCCUCACCUCGCUCUCUUCCAUUAAUGGCUUCUCCGCCCCCAAUGUUCCUUCCAUUCUCUUCCUCCUUCUCCCGCCUCUAAUCCCCCCUCUCUUUUCUCUCUCUCUCUCUCUCUCUCUCUCUCUCUCCCCUUUUGUAAUUUUUCUUUCAAUUUUACGCCAUUACUAUUUCAUCCCCUUCUUAUCCGUCCUUCUUUCUACCACUCAUUACUCCACAACCUCCUCAUUCGUCCUACUUCACUGUUACUGUUCUACUUCUGUGUUUUCUUCUUCUUUCAUCACGACUUCUUGAAACUGUAAACCGGGGAAAAGUAGAAAGUGAAUUUUCUGUUCAAAUUUCUUUACUUUGCUCCCCCCCUUCUUUUGUUCAUAUUCACUGAGAUUGGUAUUCUUUGUAACUUCUCCCACCUCUUGCUUGUCCUUUCCACCGCCUUCGUGCUUCCUGAAAUCUUGUCUCUUUGUUAUGUCAAGUUCAUGUGCUAUGCUUUCUUCUCAACCAUUUCUGCCUUCUUGUGUCUGAAUAUCUCUCUCUCUCGCACUCUCUGAAAAUGCAAUUCGGCUAUUUCCUGUUUCUUGUUUUUGCUCCAAUCCUCGUUAUCUCCGCCGACCCGGCGUUCAACGAUGAUGUAUUGGGGUUGAUUGUGUUCAAAGAGGGUCUAAAAGACCCAAAGGCGAUGCUCUCUAGUUGGAAUGAAGAUGACGAUAGUCCCUGCAACUGGGUCGGAGUCAAAUGUGACCCGACGACCCGUAGGGUCUCUGCUUUAGUACUUGACGGGUUUUCUCUUUCAGGGCAUAUUGAUCGAGGGCUUUUGAGAUUGCAGUUUCUUCAAGUUCUUUCACUUUCCAGAAACAACUUCACAGGGACCAUAAUCCCUGAUCUUCCUCGUCUCUGGAAUUUGCAACUUGUUGAUUUGAGCGAGAACAAUCUCUCUGGAUCAAUCCCACAAGAAUUUUUCCAACAAUGUGGGUCUUUAAGAGCGGUUUCAUUUGCCAGAAACAAUCUUUCAGGUAAAAUUCCUGAUUCUUUAAGCUCUUGCUCUAUGUUAGCUACUGUUAACUUCUCCCACAAUCAACUUUCUGGAGAAUUGCCCUCUGGGAUUUGGUAUUUGAGGGGAUUACAGUCACUUGAUCUGUCCAACAAUUUGCUGGAGGGAGAGGUUCCUGAGGGAAUUGAGAGCUUGAAUGAUUUAAGAGAGUUAAAUCUACAGAAGAAUCGAUUUAUUGGUAGGCUUCCGGAGGGUAUUGGAGGUUGCUUGCUCUUGAAAUCACUUGAUUUUAGUGAUAAUUUUCUCUCUGGGAGACUUCCUGGCUCAAUGCAGAAACUCAGUUCAUGCACUCUCAGUUUACAGGGAAAUUCAUUCACUGGAGGCAUUCCUGAUUGGAUUGGAGAGCUGAAAAAUCUGGAGAUAUUGGACCUUUCUGCAAAUGCUUUUUCAGAUUGGAUUCCCAAAUCAAUAGGAAAUCUUGAUUCACUGAAUAAAUUAAAUCUCUCGAGGAAUCAACUUACAGGAAUUUUGCCUGAGUCAAUGGGCAACUGUGUUAAGCUUUUGGCUCUUGACAUGAGCCACAAUCAGUUAUCAGGCCGCAUUCCUUCAUGGAUUUUUAAGAUGGGUUUAAAAAGUAUUUCACUUACGUGGAACAACUUCACGAGCAAUAGUUCUUCGCUUUCAUCCACAUCGACGUCUUAUUAUGGCCUCCAGGUUUUGGAUUUGUCAUCCAAUGCAUUUUCUGGUGGCCUUCCAUCUAUUAUUGGGGGUCUUAGUAGCUUGCAAGUCUUGAAUAUGUCCACCAAUCAUAUCUCUGGUGCUAUUCCAGUGAGUAUAGGAGAGCUUAAAUCUUUGUUCAUUCUUGACCUAAGUGGCAACAAGAUUAAUGGAAGCAUUCCCUCUGAAAUAGAAGGGUUGAUUUCACUGAGUGAACUGAGACUGCAGAAGAAUUUCCUGAGUGGGAGAAUUCCGACCCAAAUUGACAAGUGCUCAUCCCUGACAUCUUUGAAUCUUUCUCACAACAUGCUCACUGGUUCAAUUCCUCCCGCCAUUGCGAACCUAGCUAAUCUCCAGCACAUAGACUUGUCAUGGAAUGAACUCUCUGGAAGCUUACCAAAGGAGCUGACAAAUCUUUCCCACCUUUUCUCCUUUAAUGUUUCCUACAACCACCUUCAUGGCGAGCUACCAGUGGGUGGCUUCUUCAAUACCAUCUCUCCCUCAUCUGUCUCUGCUAAUCCAUCGUUAUGUGGUUCCAUUGUUAAUCACUCCUGCCCAUCCGUCCAUCCCAAACCAAUUGUCCUCAACCCAAACUCUUCUGGCUCAAAUUCUGGUCCUUCCGCUCAAAACCGUCAUCAUAAGAAGGUCAUUCUCAGUAUCUCUGCCCUUAUUGCUAUUGGAGCUGCUGCUUUUAUCACCAUUGGUGUGGUGGCUGUUACACUGCUAAAUAUACAUGCACGUCACUCAUUGUCACGUUCCGCUGCACCGUUUGCGCUAUCUGGUGGUGAAGAUUAUAGUUGUUCGCCCCAAAAUGAUCCAAGCUAUGGCAAACUUGUAAUGUUUACUGGUGAUGCUGAAUUUUCUGAUGGCGCUCAUAAUCUUCUUAAUAAAGACAAUGAGAUUGGUCGUGGUGGGUUUGGAGUUGUCUAUCAUACUAUUCUCCGAGAUGGGCGUUCUGUUGCAAUCAAGAAGCUUACAGUCUCUAGUCUGGUCAAGUCCCAAGAAGACUUUGAGAGGGAAGUGAAAACACUUGGGAAGAUGAGGCACCAUAAUCUUGUGGCACUUGAAGGUUACUACUGGACUUCAUCCUUGCAGCUCCUGAUAUAUGAGUACCUGUCCAGAGGAAGCUUACAUAAGCUUUUACAUGAUGAAAAUGCGAAAGAUAUCCUAUCAUGGCGGCAAAGGUUCAAGAUUAUUCUUGGCAUGGCAAAAGGGCUAGCCCAUUUGCACCAAAUGAACAUAAUUCACUACAAUCUCAAAUCAACAAAUGUUCUGAUUGACUGCUCUGGUGAGCCAAAAAUAGGAGAUUUUGGCUUGGUGAGGCUAUUGCCAAUGCUAGACCAUUGUGUCUUGAGCAGCAAAAUUCAAAGUGCACUCGGUUACAUGGCGCCCGAGUUUGCUUGCCGCACAGUGAAGAUAACCGAGAAAUGUGAUCUAUACGGGUUUGGGAUCCUGGUUCUGGAGGUAGUAACUGGAAAAAGACCUGUGGAAUAUAUGGAGGAUGAUGUGGUUGUCCUCUGUGACAUGGUAAGAGGCGCAUUGGAGGAAGGGAAGGUGGAGCAAUGUAUUGAUGCAAAGCUUCUGGGAAAUUUUGCUGCAGAAGAAGCAAUUCCUGUGAUAAAAUUAGGGUUAAUCUGUGCAUCACAAGUGCCAUCAAACCGUCCAGACAUGGCUGAAGUAAUCAACAUAUUAGAGUUGAUACAGUGCCCUUCAGAAGGACAAGAGGAAAUCGAAUGAAUGUAAGCUGUAGAGUUUGAGAAAACAACACACAUGGCAGAAGUACAUGGCGAAGAACAAUCCAGUUUGCUUGCUUCAAAGCUAAAGCUACAUACCACAGGCAAAGAAUCUUUAGCAGGAUCAUCUUCAAGACUUUACUUUCUUGUUUGAGAUUAUGUGUUUGUUUUUUUUGUCAUAUUUUUUUCUUCUUUUAUUUAUUUUGUUCUUCUAAACUUGUUCAGCUCACCGUAAAUUACUGGAUUUUUCUUCACCAGUUUUUCUAGUCCAUACAUACCAUGGUCUCUUCAUCUUACUAAACUGUACUUUCUGAAUUGAGUUGCCUUUUUCCUCCUGUUGUAUUUGGAAGCAAAUGGCUCCUACCAA